AUGAAACAGGGGCCCACAGCUUCACAGGUCCUUCAAAGAAACCCAAAGUUCAAAUCACUCUUUGACCAACUUGGCUUCGGGCCGCAAGCAAGAGAAGCAGCUGCUGUAGCCUUGAUGAAUAUCUCUGAGGAGUCUAAUUCUCAAUGCUUUACAACUCAACCACAAAGGUCAUUCUUGGGAAAUGACAAUGCUAUUGUCUUUACGGACGAAGACAUGGAAGUUCCAUACCCGGACCAUAGGAGGCCGCUUUACUUGGAGGGACAGAUCAAUGAUGUGUUCAUAAGGAGAGCUUUGGUGGACACGGGUUCCUCUGUCAACAUAUUACCUCUGUCUGUGCUUACGGCAGCUGGUAUCCCAUUGUCCAAAAUUGUCCAAUCACAAACAAACAUCAGUGGUUUCGGGAAUAAGAGUGAGGUCACAGUCGGGCAUCUACAGUUCUAUGUCGUGGAUGUGGAUGUGGCUUACCAUGCUUUGCUUGGAAGGCCAUGGCUCAACAAGCAUAAGCUUGUGGUCUCUACCUAUCAUCAAUGCGUAAAAGGAAGGAUUGGGCUGAGGCCGCUACGCAUACCUGGAAACCAAGCACCUUUCAACAAAGAUGAAGCUCACUACUCUGAAGCAGAAUUCUACACUGAAUGCACAGGUGCUGGAAGCAAUCCAUCCAAGGAUUUCGGGACCUACCUUCCUUCAUGGACUGAAAUUCGUGAUUUAAGCAAUGAGGAGCUCAUCACCAUUGUCGAUCGAGAGAGAAAGAGGCACUCGGAAGUCAACAACCAUGCCUAUGAUCAUCCCCAAUGCUCAAAGGUGACGCUGCCCGAUGGACGUAUCGUGUACCGCUUAUGA